UUAUGUGGAAGGACUAACCGCGAGCAAGCUGACUUCCGCCAUAUGGAAAACGAUCAAUAAUAUUUGACUGUUAUCUGUCGAAAAGCGGAUGAAAUGUGCAGAAUAUGAUUCGGUCAUAGUGCUACAGUGCUUGUUUACUUUUUUGUUGAUUGAUAUUUUGUUUACGUUACUUUUGUUUGUGUAAAUUUUGUACAAUGGUGAUUGCGGCGGAUACCCCCAUCCCUCCGGUUUACGAUGUAGUGUUUGUUGUAGAAAAGACAGCAAAUUUAGCGGCAUAUCUGGAAACCUUGAAGACAUCAUAUAUUGUGCCUACUUUAGAAUAUUUUAAUGGAGGGCCACCAGAUCCAACAGACUACGGCAAUGACUUCAGUUGCACAUUGUUCGACCUGGUCACCUUCCAUUCCGGGGACAUCUCACCAAGUCCAGCAGCGUCAUGUGAAUACCCCACCACAAGCACACACAAGUUCCUUUCCUACCUGGAUGAAACCGAAUUUAUUGGAGGUGAAGCCCAGUCAUUCAGUCAUAUUGCCGAGGGCUUGAGUACAGCAUUACAAGUAUUUGAUGAAAUCAAGGCAACCAGGAACCACAGUAUCCCGUCUGAGCGGCAUUGUGUGCUGGUGUGUAACUCUCCUCCGUAUCACCUGCAGAGUCAGGAGAGUCAGGAUUACUCCGGUUACUACAGUGAACAGCUGGCCAGCAUGCUCGGCAAGAGGGGAAUAUAUCUUUCCAUCAUCUCACCAAGAAAAAUUCCAGCAUUACAGAGACUUUAUGAAGAGUCUUGCACUACUGAAAGCCCAUACAACCCAACUAAAGAUUACACAGUGGACCGUCACAUGGUGUUGCUGCACGGCUUCCAGCUGCAGGAGAGGUCCCACAGUCCAAGUCUUGAAGAGGAGAAACAGACCAGUGAGCUUAUAAAAUCAUCUCUAGGUUCAACAGGCACGAGUGGGGGCAGAGUUAAUUCCCCUGCACCAGCCACUACCACUGAUGGCCAGUUCAAGGUUCCACAAGCAACAACAGGCUUGCAGAAUAUAACUCAACAGCCUUCGCCACAGCAGCCAGCAUUGUCUCCCUUGAAUCCUCAAAACUUAAACCAGGCUGUCACACCUCAGGCAUCCCCACAACAACAGCAACAACAGCAGCAGCAACAACAACAGCAACAACAACAACAGCAGCAGCAGCAGCAACAACAGCAACAGCAACAACAGUCCAUACAAACCCCAGGGUCGGGUGGGCUUGCUAAUUCGCAGACUCCACAGACCACACAGAUGGGCAUGGGUCCCCCAAUGGGUCAGAUCCGACAGGUCAACCAGCCCAACCAGCAGCCCAAGAUGUCCAUGUCUCCUGCCGGUCAGCAGCCUCAAAACACAAUGGUUACCAUGGCAAACACUAUGAUCAUGAACCAGCAGUCCAGUCAGCAGGUGCGCCCUGUGUUCCUGUCACAGCAGGGGCAGAUAAUCAAUGUGCCCGGUACCCAGGCAAUACAGACUGUGAAGCAAGAGACAAAUCCCAUGUUCAUCAACCGACAGAGUCAAGCUCAGCAGCAGCAACAACAACAACCACCACAGCAGCAGCAACAGCAGCAGCAGCAACAGACAGCGGACAGAAUGAUGUCCAAUCAGAGACCUGGUGUUACCAUGGUGAGUACCCAGAAUCCCAUGACAGCUCAAGGACUGAUGACAUCACAGCCACAGGUCAUGAUGACCCAGUCGGGUAUGGUGACCUCCCAGCCAGGGAUGAUCACCUCCCAGCAGAACAUCAUGACUUCACAACAGAACAUGCAGAAUCAACAGCCCAUCAAGAUCCGCGUCAAUCUACCCAAUCAGAACACCAUGACAACCAUGUCCAACCAGCCAGUCUCCAUGCCAACAGAUGUCUCCCAGGCUCUCGUGUCACAGCCAGCGAUGUCCAUGCCAACACAGCAGGGGAUGAGCCAGUCCUUCAUGCAGGCCGGUGGGCAGCAGGGGGGACAGCAGAUCGUCAUGCAGGGGGCGGGGUCAGCUCCAGCCAUGGGGGGUCAGGUGUUCCCUGGGGCUGCCGAUGGUGGGGUGGCUGACCCCACGAAGGCUGCAGUACAGAACAACAAAAAGAUCAUCUGGAAAGGUUCCCUGGAGUACCAGGAGAAGCCCAAACCCCAGGGUCCUCCCAAUGCUGUGCAGCAGAAGAACACCAAGACCCUCAACUGCUGCGUCUCCAUCCUCAACACGGAACCUGACCUCAACGCGAGAAACUGGCCUGAGAAGCUGGUGAUGCAGCUCCUGCCCCAGCCCAUGCUACACGAGCUGCAGAGUCUGUUCCGCAACUCCAGACAAGUGUCUUUCCACUUCUCUCCCAACGACCUGGACGCCCUCCGUAACCUAUACCGCAUCAUGGGAACAGGAUUUGCUGGCUGUGUCCACUUCUCCCAGACUGCCCAGUGUGAUAUUCGAGUGCUACUCCUGCUGUACAGCAGCAAGAAGAAGGCCUUUGUUGGACUCAUCCCCAACGACCAAGUCGCCUUUGUCCAGGGCAUCAGGAAUGUCCUCAAUAAAGUCCGAAACAAGCAGCAGACACAGCAGGUGAAUCAACCGAUGACCACAAACCUACCUCUGCAGCCUCCCCCACAGAUGCAGGCGACACAAGGACUUCCGAACAACCAACAGCAGAUGAGGAUGGGGAUGCAGACAGUGGCAGGCAACAUGCCCAUCACGUCCGCCUCCACUCAGGUGGCCCCAUCGUUGCCUCUCCAACAGGAUAUGGGAAACACCUGCAUCAUGAUGCAGCCGAACCAGGAUACUGGUGCCGGUGAUACCAUGAUGAACCGAACCAUGCCGAACCAGAUUUCCAUAUCAGAGAUGAUGUCAGGCCAGCAGGACAGGGCCAGUCUACAGCGGAAGAUCCAGCUACUCCAGAGUGACCUCCAGGCGGCAAAGGAGAAGGAACUCCAGUACCAGCAGGUGGAGCAGGCGAAGAAAGCCAUAGUGGCCCAGCAGCAACUCCAGCAGAGGAUGGAGGAGGUAUAUUACCCGGGACCUCCACCGCCUCAUAUGUACACUGCUCGUCAGCAGUUGCAGCUUCAGCAGCAACAACAGCGAUUGCAGAUGCAGCAACAGGCAGCGUCACAGCAACAGCAACAGCAGCAGCAGCAACAACAACAACAACAGCAACAACAACAACAACAGCAGCAGCAGCUUCAUCAUCUGCUGCUGAACCAGCAGAAUCCACAAGGUCAGCAGCCUCAACAGCAGCAGCAACAACAGCAACAGCAGAUGCGACAACAAUUACUGCUCCAACAGCAGCAGCAGAACAUGCGGGGUGCCACACCGCAAACACAACAAGCGGUGAUGGGGGCUCAGCAGCCAAUGCAGUCACAGCUUGCCUUGCCACAACCAGGCCAGAACUAUAAACAGAGCUGUCUGGAUGAGUUCAAUCUGCCAGAUAUCCUGUAAACAGAACUGUCUGGAUGAAUGGAAUUUGCUGGAUAUCCUCUAAACAAGUCAAAGGACAGACAGAACUAUCUGGAUGAGUUCAAGUUGCUGGAUAUUGUGUAAGCAAGUUGAAGGACAGACAGAACUAUCUUGUUUAGUUCAAGUUGCUGGAUGUCUUCUAAACAAGCCAAAGGACAGGAGAGAAAUUCCUGGAUGAGUUCAUUCUACCAGAUAUCCUGUAAACAAGUUGUGCUAAGUCAGUUCAGAAUUAUGUCAGUGUUUCAGUCCGCUGAUAUCUCUGAACAAAUGUGCUAUCUUUCUCUUUGACAUAUUGGCAGGGUGAAUUCAAUCUGAUCUUCUCUA